UAAUAAUAAUAAUAAUAAUAAUAUCUGUUUUUCUCUAUUUAGGAUAUCAAUCAUAUCAAUAAUUCUUUAUAAAAUAAAUAAUAUUAUACUACUAAUGAUGUUUGUUUAUUUAUUUGUAUGUUUGGUUGUGUGUAUGCGUGUGUGUGAAUGACUGAGUGAGUGAGUGAGUGAAUGAGUGUCUCUGAUUAACCCUGACUAUAAAAAGACAGAGAUUUAAUAUUCAUUCCUUUUAUACAUUAAUCAUUCACAUUAUUCACAUGAAUAUAGUAUAAUAUAAUAUCAAAAAAAGAAAGGAUUCUUGUUAUAUAUAUACAUAUAUAUACAUAUAUAUACAUAUUAUCCUAUUUCCUAUUAAAGGAGCAACAUUACUACUGAUUAUACUACUUAUAUCCCUAAUGACAAAAUGAUAUCAUUACCAUUUGAAUAUGAUCAAUUUAUCAAAAAUCUAUUAUGUAAUCAAUUCUUUAUUAUCUUUAUAAUUAUGCAACAAUUUAUUGAUGCUAAAUCUAAUUCAACCAAUAUUCAUCCUAAAGAAAUCACAAUCAUUAAAUGGGAAUUUCAUGAAUUCUCUACUCAUAUUACUGUUAUGUUAUUUUUAAUUUUAUUAGUUUGUUUAAAAUUAGCUUAUCAUUAUAUACCGUAUAUAUCAAUUUAUGUCCCAGAAUCCUUAUUAUUAAUAUUAAUUGGGAUUACAUUUGGUAGUAUUGUAUUUUAUACAAUGGAUAACUAUACAACUGAUAAUCCUAAUCAUAAUCAUCAUACAUCAAUAGAGAAUACUGUAUGGAAAUUUACACCGGAAUUAUUUGCUUAUUAUUUAUUACCACCAAUUAUAUUAGAAUCUGCAUAUGGUUUAUAUAAUCGUACAUUUUCUGAAUAUCUUGGUGUUGUAUUAAUCUUUUCAGUGAUAGGUACAAUAUGUAAUUUUUUAUUCAUUGGUUUCUCAUUAUAUAUAAUCUAUCAAUUAAAUUUAUUAGGUGAACCUAUAUUACAAUUAAAUAUUAAAGGUUAUUUAUUAUUUAGUUCAUUAAUUGUUGCUGUAGAUCCUGUUGCUGUCUUAGCUAUCUUUCAAGAUAUUGGCGUUGAAUUAAGUUUAUAUUAUAUUGUAUUUGGUGAAUCAUUAUUUAAUGAUGCUAUUACAAUUGUAUUAAAUGAUAUUAUGAUUGUAUUUAAUAGUAAUGAACAAUUAACAACAUUACAAAUAUUUAUUGGAUUUAUAUCGUUUUUUACUGUUAGUUUUGGUGGUCUACUGAUUGGUGUUAUAUUUGGUAUCAUGACAUGUUUAAUUACAAGAAUACAUAGUCAUUUAUCUGUAUUUACAAUAUUAUUAUUAGCCUAUUUUUCAUAUAUUAUAGCUGAUUGUAUUGGUUGGUCUGGGAUUAUCUCAAUGAUUGGUUGUGGUUUAAUACAAGCAGCAUAUGCAUUUCAUAAUAUUGGUGAAAAAUAUGUUAAAAGUUUAUUAUUAAUUACAAGAAUGUUAGCUGAAGUUAGUGAAGGUGUAAUUUUUUUAUUUUUAGGUAUACAAGUUAUAUCUUAUAAAUUAGAAUGGCAUACUGGUUUUAUAUUAUGGUCACUUAUAUUAUGUUUAUUAUCUAGAACUAUAAUUGUAUUUAUUAUUACAGCAAUUGUAAAUUAUGUUAAUAUUGAUGAGACAAAAAUUACAAUUGAACAACAAAUUAUAUUAAUUUAUGGUGGUUUACGUGGUGCUGUAGCAUUUGCUCUAUCGGUACUUAUCCCAGAUGAUUUAUUUCCUAUUAAUAGUUUAUAUCAUAAAAAUGUCAUAGUAACAACAACAUUAUUCAUCAUUUUAUUUACCGUUGGUUUUAUGGGUUUAACAACAAAACCAUUAGUGAAAUUAUUAAAAAUACGUAAAAAAGAUCAAGAAAAAUUAAGUUUAUUUUAUAUAUUAAAUAAAAAUAUUAUUGAUCAAACAUUAACUGGUAUUGAAACAUUGAUCGGUUCAAAAGGACGUAAUGCUAUCAGAGAAUUUUUUAUUAAAAUUGAUGAAAAUUAUAUUCGACGUAUAUUACAACGUAAUCCAGAACAUUAUGAUGAGAAAAUAUUAAAAGUAUAUGAAUUAAUUGCAUUAAAAUUAUUAUAUGCAUCAACACGUCCUAAUGAUACUGAGAAUUUAUUAAAAAAUAUACCAGAAUCAUUAAAAUUUAAUCAAUUUCAUCAAUAUUCUAGAAAUAAUCUAUCAAAUUUAUUAAAUCAUGGUACAACACAUGAUUGGAUAUUACAUAAUCAUUUAUCAAUUAUACCAAUUGAUGAUGAUUAUGAUGGUAACAAUAAUAACAAUAAUAACAAUGAUAAUGAUGGUGAUGAUGAUGAUGACGGUGGUACAUUUGGUGAAAGUUCUUUUAUAUCAGCUGAACAAAUGAUGAAAAUGAAUAUCAAUAAAAAACAAUAUAGAAAAAUUUCAAUGAAUGCUAAUGAUAUAUUAAUUGAUCAUUUAUCACGUCAUAAUAAUAAUCAUCAUCAUGAUUUCUAUGCAUCAACAUCGAAACAUAAAUGUCAAUUAGAUUUGAAUGAAGCAUUUAAUGAUCUAUUACAAUAUCGUAUAGGAGCUAUCAAACAUCAAUUCACAUUAAAUAACAAUAAUAAUAAUAAUAAUAAUAAUAAUAGUAAUAUUGAAAUGAAUAUUGAUCAUCUUAAACAUACAACUAAAUUAGAUCAUAUAGAUCAACAAAAACAAUCAAUAAAAUUAGAACAAUCUCAACCAAUACAACAAGUAAAUAUUGAAUCAAAUAAAACUAAACAUACUAUUCAUAGUAGAAUAGAUAAUAAUCAAAUAGAUUCUUCUUCUGUGGAACAACAUAUUCAACAAUCUUCAUAUUCAUUACAACCUAAAAUUAUAGAUUAUCGAAAAAGACAAGAUUUUAAUAAAGAUAUUAAAUAG